CAGAAUCAUUUUCCUGCGAAACCUUCGAGAGAGCAAGCAACCGGCAAACACAGAACAGGGAACGUUAUUGACGAUGAUGGCAAUGAGAUCUGUGCUGAAUCGAGGAUCGGUUACGCGUUCGAUGGAGUCAAGUCGGGGCGCAUUCACUCGCUACUUCAGCGACAAAGGCCGGAUUCUCAGUGAUGAAGAACAGGCCAAAGAGAACGUCUACAUCCAGAAAUGGGAGAGGGAAAGAUUGGAGAAACAGAGGGAAAAGGCUGAAAAGGAAAAGGCUGAGAAAGAGAAAGCAAAUACUGAUAAGAAACGUGAAGGGACUCAACAGGGCUGACUUUUUCAUCCAUCCAAGCUUUCAAAACCACCUUGAGAUGUAAUUAUGAUGAAUAAAGGACAUGCCUUAGCUCUCAGUGGGCUUUGUUCGUUUUAUGGGUUCUAGCUGUGUUUGUUUGAUGAUGCAGCAACCAUCUUAACUGUGUUUUAUUAUGAUAUGAUCCUGUACUUGUUUAUGUGUAACUGUACUGUUUGAUGCAUGCGUUCUUGUUUGGCCAACAUAACUCGGAAGUGUUCAAGCGCAAUUUACUGAAGGAACUAACUUUAGAAGUGAUGUAGCACAUGAACACAGCCUUUCAGACCAUCGUCGGUCGCUUGAUUUUGCAACACGAUGUGCAAUUUCCCCUGGCCCCACCUUUAA